AGAAAGUAGAGAGAGAGAGAGAGAGUAGCAGCCAUGGAUGAUCAAGGCCAUGAGAAGGUGGUGGAGACUGUGUUAGUCGGAAACUAUAUCGAAAUGGAGGCCGAAGGGAAGCCGAAAAACGUCAAAAACACCAUUUCCAACUUCUUUUGGAACGGUGGUUCCGCUUACGAUGCUUGGUUCAGUUGUUCAUCGAACCAGGUGGCGCAGGUGUUGCUUACGCUACCGUACUCGUUUUCGCAACUCGGGAUGCUUUCGGGGAUAUUAUUUCAAGUUUUCUAUGGUUUGAUGGGCAGUUGGACUGCUUAUCUUAUUAGCAUUCUCUAUGUUGAAUAUAGAACUAGAAAGGAAAGGGAAAAAGCAGACUUUAGAAACCAUGUCAUUCAGUGGUUUGAAGUUCUUGAUGGAUUGCUUGGAAAACAUUGGAGAAAUGUUGGGUUGGGAUUUAAUUGCACAUUUCUUCUGUUUGGAUCUGUGAUUCAACUCAUAGCUUGUGCUAGCAAUAUAUACUACAUAAACGACAAUUUAGACAAGCGGACAUGGACAUACAUAUUUGGUGCAUGCUGUGCAACGACUGUGUUUAUCCCGUCAUUUCACAACUACAGAAUUUGGUCGUUCCUAGGAUUGGUCAUGACCACUUACACAGCAUGGUACCUAACAGUCGCAUCACUCCUCCACGGCCAGGUGGAAGGGGUGAAACAUACAGGUCCAGCAAAGAUGGUUCUUUACUUCACUGGGGCAACAAACAUUCUGUACACAUUCGGGGGACAUGCAGUGACUGUGGAAAUCAUGCACGCAAUGUGGAAACCCCAAAAAUUUAAGGCGAUUUACCUAUGGGCUACUGCGUAUGUACUGACGCUUACGCUUCCAUCUGCAGCGGCGGUUUACUGGGCGUUCGGUGACUCGUUACUUAACCAUUCAAAUGCCUUUGCCCUCCUUCCUAGAUCUCCGUGGAGAAACAUGGCUGUUAUCCUCAUGUUGAUUCACCAAUUUAUCACUUUUGGGUUUGCUUGCACUCCGUUAUAUUUCGUGUGGGAGAAAGCGAUUGGAAUGCACGAGUGCAAGAGCAUGUGCAAGCGUGCAGCUGCACGAUUGCCGGUGGUGGUCCCGAUAUGGUUUCUUGCCAUUAUCUUUCCGUUCUUUGGGCCGAUCAAUUCAACCGUUGGAUCGCUUCUCGUUAGUUUCACCGUCUAUAUCAUCCCGGCUCUGGCACACAUGUUCACCUUCCGAUCACCUGCUGCAAGAGAGAACGCAGUAGAGCAACCACCAAAGUUUCUUGGACGGUGGGUAGGCGCUUAUACGAUCAACGUCUUUGUGGUUGUGUGGGUAUUCAUCAUUGGAUUUGGAUUCGGAGGUUGGGCGAGCAUGACAAACUUCAUACACCAAAUCGAUACAUUCGGGAUCUUCACCAAGUGCUAUCAAUGCCCGCCACAACUGUCGCCACCAUUGCCACUCCUGAACGCCACCAGUCCUAUACCUUCUCCGACGACCGUCCACCACCUCCAGUUGUUGGGUGGCACUGGGCUUCACAACCCUUGAAUCCAGCUUCUGUCCCACCAUGCAAGAUCGUUAAUGGCAUCAGUAUGGUGACUCCAAUGGCAUUAUUAAUUUUCAUUUGUAGACAGAGAAAAUAUUUGGAAUCAAAUUUUAUGAGAAAAAUAUUAUUUUCAUAUUCCUUAUAAUAUUUGUUUUGAUUUCGUGUUGGAAUUUAUUUGCAAUUUUGUGUAGUUUUCAAUUUCUUGAUUGAGUUUGGUUUCCAACUGUUUUUCGGAUAAAUCUGUUUAUGGAGUUGACAGUAUAAUAAAAUCGGGUUUAUAAGAUG